AGUAAAGUAUUUUCACUUAGUGGGUGACUUGACUGUUGUGGUCGUCAUGGGCAACAAAUGCGCGACGAACCUUGACCAUGUUGUUUUACUCUUUUAUUGAAGUUUACUUUGUUUAAAUUGACAGCCUCUCUUAAGAAAUGGCGCCGAAGGCCGCUAAAAAGGACAAGGCGAAGAAACCUCCCGCCGCACAAGGUCCGGAAGCGCAGAGUUGGGAGAGUGGUCUUGCGAACGCACAGUUUGAAGAGGAGCAAUGGCGAGCCUGUGUGUGUUUCAUGGUUGGAAGAAGUCCACAUGACGAGGACCUAAUUCCCACUUUGCUUCGAGCUGUGCAGCCACCGCAACGCAAACUUUUUAGCGCACUGACAUGGGAACACACAGCAGCAAAGAUUAUAGAAUAUGGGAAUCCUAAAGCUAAGAAACGUGAACAUUUCCCUCAAUUUUAUGAGGUGACCGAGCGUGCAAAGGUGCUGCUCGACGCAAAAGAGGAGAUUCCUACACAGCUUAUGGCACAAAUAGUCAAGUUUAUGUUCCUGCAGAUCAAAGAGAGUGACCAUCAGAGGAGAAAAGCAAAACAAGCGGACGAAACGGCUGUGACCACCAAGGAUAAAGCAGGUCCCAAAGGAAAAGGCAAAGGCAAAGACAAAAAGCCAAAGGAGGAGCCACCCCCCACGUCCAAAACAAAGCUUAAACGGAGGGAUGAAGUUGAGCCACCUAAGUACAUAGACGACGAGCCAGUUGACGGCCCUCAACACUACAUCCUGCUGCUUGGCUUUCACCAGCCUCAAUUGAUCGGGGCGCUUGAUGCUGCGGGCGUGCGCGUGUCCAAUGUCAUCAGUUUGAGUUCCCCGCCCCCACCGCAGCAGCCGGCGGGGUAUGAGGAAGAGGAUGAGGAAGAGAUCUCUGAGGCCGAUGCCAAACUUGAGGACACUGCUGCUAAAGAGAAGUGGGAUGCUCAGGCCAAGGUGCUUGACCACUUCUGGUCUGGUUUGAGACAAGUGUUAGACAAUGCCGCAGGCAACUCUCAACUGCACAACGUGGCUCAGCUGGAGUAUACGGUCCCGGAUGUCCUGAUAACAUUUGAUCCGGAGGAUCCCGAGGCUGUGAUGGGCACGGCGACACAAAUGUUUGAGGGCGUGGCCAACCUAAUCUACGACUGUCUGGACUGGCGCAGGCAGCACCAGCACUACAUAGACACCACCCACUUCUUAGCUGUGCCCACUGUAGUCACGGUGGACCGCUCUCUACCUCCAGAGCCACCACCAACUCUAUCGCCACAGUCCAAGAAAUCCGGGCGCCCUCCUCCACCAAAGAAGGCGGCAUUGUCUCUCACCACUGAUGUGGACAUGCAUCACUACAGCAGCCUCCUCGACCACGUGCCAGCUGAGGCCUGCUCGGUGCCGCUGAUCUUGCACUGUAUGCUGGAGCAGGUUGUGUUGACGAGUGAGCAGUUCCUUCAGCCACUCGUGUCUGAUGAAUCAGGGCCUCAGAAUGUCCCCCCUCUGGACCAUGAGCUAGUUGGUCAAAUGCUCAACACAAUCUUGCCUCGGGUCCACGCAGAUGAAGAGAGGAAACACUUGCUGCAAAGUUUGUUGACCACAGUAAACAGAGAAGAGGACAAGGAGAUCAUUAAGGAGAAGUUUGACAAAGAAGAGACUCCCAAGAAGCCUGAGCAACCUGUGAUCAUUAGACACCAUGAUGAAAGAGCACUGCGCCUAUUUGGUGUAAAUGGGGUUCAGGGUUUCGAUCCCCCCCAGGUGGAGGCAUCCAUGAUGAGGUGGUCACCAGUAUGGAAUCUAAUCGAUUCUGUGGCUCAUAGACAAAAAAGCUCUUGCUGGAGGGCCAUUAAGCAACAACUCCAGCACCAAUGCACUGAUGAGGAAGUGUCAUGGCCACAAGUGGAGCGCUUUUUUCACCAGAGUGUGUUUGAGAGCAUGUGGCUGACUGGGCUGGAUGAAAAUGGUGUCCUGAGAAAAGAUUCUGGAGCUCUGAGCAUGUUGGACACAGUACAAAACCACCCCCUAAACCCAUGGGACAACCCGCUGUCUUUUGCCAAGAAAACUCUGCGCAAAAAAUGUCCAAAGUUUGUACACGAAGACUGUGCUACCACAAAGGUCAGCGAGCAACGAGAAAGUCAGCUGUCCCUAGCAGAUAUUCAGAGUUGUCGACUAAGGUCUCUCUUGGACUGGCACUAUGUGGAACACUACGACGCUGCCAUCUUACCACAGGUUCUUCAGUCAGCUGCUCAACGAUAUCGCUGUGUGGACACACUCAAAGGAAGUCAUAAUAAUGUCAUGUACAUCUUCUGCCACAAUCCGAUAAGUCCUAAUCGCAUGUGCACAGAAUUCUGGAAUGUAGACCUGCACACGGACGUCAAGUUCAGGAUAUACUUGGAGCAUGUAGCAAACACCAUCACAGAGUGGACUGAGAAAGAGGAUCUGAAGAGACAUCGGGUGAAGAUCAACAGAGUUAGCACUACAGAGAGUUCAGAAAGCUCAGCAGAAGAUGAAGCGGAAUCUAAGGAGACGUUCAUCACAAAAGACUCCAUCAAAGCUUCCUUGUUGGAGGAGGAAAAGCAAAAGGAAGAGGAACCCAAGAAAGGUAAGAAGCCAGGAAAAGCAGCGCCAGCCAAGGGCAAGAAGCAGACGGAUGAAGCGAAGUCUAAAGAUUCCAAGAAAAGUGAUAAAUCUGCCGCGACUGCUAAGAAAAGCAAAGCCGAAAAGGACAGUAUCUCAUCCUUGACUUCAGACCUGUCCUUUUCCAGUAGACCUGAUCUCAAAGACGAGCCCAGCACUGGAUUCACAGGCUUCCAUAUGGAUGGGAUGUUGAUCCAUUUGUUGGGUCAACUCCAGUACCUCUUUCCAUCAGAUGGGGGUCACAUCACCGUGGAGACCAUCAACUACGUGGAAGGUUCUAGCAUGCUGAAAGUGGCUGUGAGGAAGGAUGAUCAUCAUUUCUACACACAUAUCAGCCAUGUUGUCCAAACAGCCAAAAGUGAAGUCAAAGACGCCACACCAACAGAACAUCCUGUGAAGAUGACCGCAGUGAAGUGGCGGUCCUUCUCGGCCUUGCUGGAUAAUGGUGUCCAUCUCUCCUAUAGUUUCUAUGGGCCAACGGGAGAAUACAAAGAGAGUCACAAGGAAACUGAAAUAGAGCCACAAAAGGCCAUGGAACCAGUGGAAGAUCUGAAUCCAUCUGUGGAAGAAACUCCAAACAUUGACAACGACCCUUCAGAGGUGUGUGAAGGCCAAUCACAAGAGUCGUUAAUUGCAUUCAAGAGCCUCAACUUGUCCCUCCCUUGCGGCCUGCUGUUGCAGUUUCUGCGUGAUGAAGAGGACCCGAGUAUGCUUGUGCGACUGAGUUUUCACACCCCGGGCCAUCAGGACCCCUCCCUUGCCAAAGAGGCGUCUCGCAUUGUUACCAGCCAUGGAGCCGUGAUCCGAUACAUGAAGGACGGCUCCUCAGAGUUGCUAUUUGCAGAUGGUUCAAUCAGUUCCAGCUCGGACUCUGGUCCAGUAUGGGUGCAGGAAAUUGACUGCAGCUCCACAGAAGAGCAAAAUUCAGAGAAGCCGACUCUUCCUCCUCGAGGUUUUUGGACAACUACGACUCCCUCUGGUGCUCGAAUCAGUACCAUUGGUACCACACAAAAAUAUAACCCAACGACCCCUCUUCUAACAUACAAUAAGUCAGACCCGGUGACUCAAGAGAUGAUGUUGAGCCGAGAAGAUCUAGUGGUCUUAGUGCAGAAACCAGACGGAUCUUUGAUUGUUGAACAUGCAGAUGGAACCAGGAUCACCACGCUCUACCAUGACAGGCCACCGAGCAUGUGUGAUGACAGGGGGCCUGCUGGGGAGACUGGGGAAGGAAGCGCUGACACACAUUCUUGUGGUAGCAUCCCCUUCAAAGAGAAGGUGGUGUUAGUAGAGAACGAGUCUUUCGCCACCGUGGUGAUGUACCCAGAACGACACAUAGCUGAAAUCUGGUUGGCGGAUGGGACUAUCAUUACUGGGAAUAACAAGGGAGCCUAUCAGGUGGUCCCAUCCAGCAUGGGGCUUCUGCAGAUCCUAAGUGACGGCACAUUUGUUUACUCCAGUGGGACCCCUCAGGGUGCCCACUCCUCUUUCAUAAUGAGCCACACAGACCGUGUGGCCUUUGACUUAACAGACCUCCAUGGAAACCACUUCCAGGUAUUGGAAGAUGGCCAAGUAACAGUCCAUAAUGUUGGCCCAGCUCCAGGAAUGCUGCCGGAGGAAGAGGAGGAGGAGGAGGAGGAGGAAGAAAAGGAAGGGGAGGACACAGAAAUAUCUAUGUGUCAUGGGAAGCCCAGAGGAAAUUAUCCCAGGCUCUUCUUGGUCCAUGAGGAUGGAUCCGGUUCUGAACUUCUGAAUUCUCAAACUGUGGUGGAACUGCUGGACCAGGCUCACUUAGACCCCACUGUGGCUCUGCUGAAGGAUCCACUACCAGACACACAAGAUGAGUUUGGCAUCACCUUCCUGAAGCCCAGCAAUGAGAGCAUGCGCUCCAAAUGGGUGCAAGAAAAGCAGGACCUUAAUGUCAUGCUUCAGAACUUUAGGAACCGCAGUUCGCAUGAAUUUCCCUCUGUUGAGUUCCAGAAAAGUUCAAGUCCUUCAGGGACCACCACAGUACGAGGUCUGACCCUGGGAAACUGGGUUGGUCGAUCAUCAGUAGCCAUUGUAGCCAUGCAGAGCUGCCCUAAGGUCCUGGAAAUUAGGGAAAUUUGUCAGCACCGAGCCAUCACCAGAAGGUUUAAGAAUAUUAUGGAUAUGCGACUGAAGGGCUACAUUGAGAGUUUGAUGGAAAAGGCACAGUGGUCAGCAGAUGUGAUGCUCAAGGAUCCUCGCAGUGAAGAGGAGCGUGUCCAUGCAGGUGUUCUGCUUACUCAGUCUCUUAUAGAGAUAAAAGAUGAACACACCCUUGAAAACAGGACCCCAGGAGAUAUUGGCAACCUGUACAGUCAAGCCAUGCAAGCGCCAGCUGAGGUGUUGGAUGAUUCUGAGGAUCUCGCUAUUGCACCGAGCGCCAGCUGUGAGGUCAAAGAGACAAAAUGGACUGACAGACUGGAGCAGCACAGACAGGAGCUGUUUGAGGUGAAAUAUUGCGUCGAUGCCCUGAAGAAGAAGCUCAUUGUACCAUACUUCCACCCAGAAAACGUCUCUGUACACCAGAAUCUUCUCCACCUUGGAAGUCCAGACAUUACGAGGCCAAUCUUUGAAACCUUUCCCAGACCAGACGAUACAAUGGAAGCCUUCAACUUUGAUGUCCUACAACACUACACACCACAACCCUCCAUCUCAACACAAACUCAUUCUGCCAUCCCAACACCAACUCAUUCUGCCAGUCGGGCAGCAGUGAGGAGCAGGACACCUGCAAUGAGACCUCAAACUGCAGGUCACAGCAGUCGGACGGACUACUGUAGCCCGCUCAGGUCAGCCCAGGUGAAUGUGAUCGGGGAGCCCAGACGUACGAUAGUGAGACUACCGCCAACAAUUGUCAGCUCCAAACCCUACAGUGUGCCAAAUUACCAUUUCCACUCUGUGGAGGAGCCGGUGCGCCGCAGGUGUCGUACCAUUUCACUAGCUGGUCCGGGUGCUGUCAUGAGGGGCUUUGAGCUUCGACCGUCCAGCGUUGACUUUGGGACACAGAAGGAGGGAACUUCUUCUGCUAUCACCGUGGUGAUGAAGAAUGUGGGCGUGGACACCUGCAGAUUCCACAUCAUACAACCUCCCACCUCUUCAGGCCUGCGUGUCAAGUACCACCCAGGGCCUGUGCCUGCAGGUUUGCACAUUGAACUGCAGAUUGAGCUGUUUGCCAUGUGUCAGGUCCAAGAAGGCAACAUGGACCCCAGGAAGUACAUCUUCCAGGACAUUGUCAUCCGCACAGAAACUGACAUCCUCUAUCUGCCUGUCAUGGCCAUCAUCCUGCCUGAGGGCUUGUAUGACAUUUGGCUGAAGGAUCACUCUAGUCCAAGCAGCAGGAAACACUUGAGGCAGCCCAAACAGUCCUCCAGCCUUCCAGCAGCUCAGGGUCUUGGACAGACUUCACCCAGUGGACGAGGGGUGGGCGCUGCAGCACACACAGGGCACCAUAAAGGCAACGCAAGUCUGUGAUCAACAGUGCUAUCAGAUGAAAGAUGAGUAAAGAAAAGCUAAUAAAGAUUUAAACUAUGUAUUUUUCAAUAAUCCAGUCAAAUUUGAGAUUUCACAUGAAUACAAAUCAAAAUUAACCAGCUUUGAAUACAUUAUGUUAAUAAAACAAUGUGGGAGUAAUGUCAAACAUGUCAUUUCCUAAUGACAUAUUGUGUUCUAUAUUAUGUCAUUAAGAAAUGACAUGUUUUCCCCAGACACGAUUAAUUAUGACCUUUUAGGAUUUUCUAUGCAUCAAGAUGACAUAUAUUGUAGCUGUUAACAUAAAAAAGUUAUUUCACUUUUUUUUUCCAAUUACAAUGAACUUAUCUUAUAUUAAUCAUACCCAGGAGAGCUCAUUGGUCAGCGCUCUUUAUUAUUUACUUUCUACUCCUAUUCCCACCUACCUCAGGAAUCACACUCAGACGCUCACUCAUUCAAACACUCAUAGGUAACCCUUGAGGUGUCAUCAUUGACUAUUAUCUUUAGCACUUACUUAGUUUUUCAACAAUAUGUUUUUCAAGCAACUAGCACAUAACAUUACUCUGUGUGGGGUAGAUGAAACACCCUGCAAUGUACAAACCCCAAAACCAGUGAAGUUGGCACGUUUCGUAAAUCGUAAAUAAAAUCAGAAUACAAUGAUUUGCAAAUCCUUUUCAACCUAUAUUCAGUUGAAUAGACUGCAAAGACAAGAUAUUUAACGUUCAAACUGGAAAACUUUAUUUUUUUUUGCAAAUAUCAGCUCUUUUGGAAUUUGAUGCCUGCAACAUGUUUCAAAAUAGCUGGCAAAAGUGGCAAAAAAGACUGAGAAAGUUGAGGAAUUCUCAUCAAACACUUGUUUGGAACAUCCCACAAGUGAACAGGCUAAUUGGGAAAUGGUGGGUGCCAUGAUUGGGUAUAAAUGCAGCUUUCAUGAAAUGCUCAGUCAUUCACAAACAAGGAGUGGGCGAGGGUCACCACUUUGUGAACAAAUGUGUGAGCAAAUUGUCGAACAGUUCAAUAACAACAUUUCUCAACGAGCUAUUGCAAGGAAACUAGGGAUUUCAAGAUCUGUGGUCCGUAAUAGCAUCAUAAGGAUCAGAAAAUCUGGAGAAAUCACUGCACGUAAGAGAUGAUAUCACAGACUUCUGAUCUCUUAGGCGGUACUGCAUCAAAAAGCGACAUAAGUGUGUAAAGGAUAUCACCACAUGGGCUCAGGAACACUUCAGAAAACCACUGCCAGUGACUAGAGUUUGUCGCUACAUCUGUAAGUGCAAGUUAAAACUCUACUAUGCCUGUAUCAACAACACCCACAAGUUCCGCCGGCUUAGCUGGGCCCGAGCUCAGCUAAGAUGGACUGAUGGAAGGUGUAAAAGUGUUCUGUGGUCUGACGAAUCCACAUUUUAAAUUGUUUUUGGAAACUGUGGACGUCAUGUCCUUUGGAACAAAGAGGAAAAUAACCAUCCGCAUUGUUAUCGGCGCAAAGUUCGAAAGGUUUUGAAGCAACAUAUGUUGCCAUCCAAGCAACGUUAUCAUGGAUGCCCCUGCUUAUUUCAGCAAGACAAUGCCAAACCACGUGUUACAACAGCGUGGUUUAAUAGUAAAAGAGUGCUAGACUGGCCUGCCUGUAGUCCAGACCUGUCUCCCAUUGAAAAUGUGUGGCCCAUUAUGAAACCUAAAGUACCACAACAGAAACCCCGGACUGUUGAACAACUUAAGCUGUACAUCAAGCAAGAGUGGGAAAACAUUCCACCUCAAAAGCUUCAUAAAUUGGUCUCAUUUCCCAAAAGUUUGAGUGUUGUUAAAAGGAAAGGCCACGCAUUCCUAAAAAUGACCCUGUGACAACUUUUUUGCAAUGUGUUGCUGCCAUUAAAUUUUAAGUCAAUGAUUAUUUGCAAAAAAAAUGUUUCUCAGUUUGAACAUUAAAAACCUUGUUUUUGCAGUCUAUUCAAUUGAAUAUAAGGAUUUGGAUUUGCCAAUCAUUGUAUUCUGUUUUUAUUUAUGAAUGACACAAUGUGCCAACUUCACUGGUUUUUGUAUGUCAUCUGUCAUACUGAUUACUUGUAAACUUGUAAAUGUUAUUUUUUGCAAAAAUUAGCUCAUUACCCUGUAUCAGGAGCCUGCAGUAUCGACCGUUGAGCUUAUCCUUGGUCUCUUCAAAGUUUGAUCUUCGCUCAUAUAAAAAUGUAAUCAUUGAAUUAUGAUAGAGGUGAAAUUAAAGCUUCCACGUUAUGGAUUUAAACCCAGUACUAUUGACUGAUAGGCAGCAGUCUUAACCAUUGAGCUAUCCUAAGGCUUGUUGUAAGUAGAGUCUGGCUCAUGAAUAAACUGCCUCCCGUGGACAGUUUAUCAUUCAGUCUACGGUUCUGAGAUGCAGAUUUAGGGAAAAUGAGUAAAGAGAAAGAAAAAAAACUCAGAAAUGGCUAUUUUGUUGAAAUACCAGAAAACCAAAUGUAAGACAUCAUGCAACGCUCAAUGCGAUAUAAAGCAGUGACAAACAUUAGCCAUGUUACAAGUUGAAGUUUGAUGAUUAAAAUAUUAUUAGCAUUUAGAGUUACCUGCAAGUCUUGAACCGUCUGAUGACAUGUUUAUCUACAUGUCCAUCACUUGCUUUGUAAUGAUAUUCUGUACAACACCUGUAGCAACGCAAACGUUUAGUUAAGAUGUCUAAUAAACAAUUUGACAUCAA